UUUUGCCAAGUUUCUUCAUUGCCAUCAACAACAACAAAAACCAAAAAAUGUCUGCAGAAGAUCAAAUGGCCAAUCCUCUUGCUGUCGGAACAAUUGACGAACAGUUGGCUAUUGCUAAGGAGCAUAUUGAGGCUUUGGUUGUUGAUCAUAGACACUUCACAGCUCGUUGGCUAACUAAAAUCAAAGAGAAUGCUGGUCUAACAAUCGACGAAUGGGCAUUGGCAAAGAUUUUGGUCAAUCUGUUUGGUUUGUGGUUGACAAUUUCUGAACGUGCCGAUUUUGUUGCAAAUGCUGUUCUGUGUGGUGUGCCUCUUAUUCUGACAUUUUUCUAUCCAGAAGAGAAGGCAACCAAUGAAGAUAUGUUAAUCUAUUGGCCUUGUUAUGCAGUUAUUACUCUCUUUGAUUUUAUUCUUCGCGCAAUUCCCGGCUGGUAUAUGCUUAAAAUUGUCUUCUUUUCUCUGUUCUUCCUUCGUCCCUGGCGAUUGGCUUUGAAGAUUAGGUUGUUGAUGUUGCUAUUGGAAAUGAGUAGACAGACCGCUUUGGCACAACAAAGCCAAUCUACCCAUCAUCAAAAGGCAUCAGCUUCAAAUUCUAGUCAUCGCUCUUCUGCCGUUGCUCGUCCUCAACAAAAUCAACAACAAAUGUCCCCAGAAUUAAUUGCCCAACUUCUAACAGCUCUGCAAGUCACCAAUCAUUCUGCUAACGCAACGGAGGGGGGAACAACAACAAAUACAUUACCAACUCCAGAACAAUUGGCAGCACUUCAAAAGGCUCUGGCUGAAGGAGGGGGAGGAAAGGAAGGGCAGCAAGGAAGUACUUACUUCGAUUUGCGUGCAAAAUCUAAAACUAAAUUGGUCAAUCCUGUCCCGAGUAAAUAUGCGGAUGUGAAGAAAAAGGAUGAGAGUAAAAAAUAA